CUUUGAUUGAACUUUUGAGAUUGAGUUAAGUUCUCCUCCUACAGCUUACCCCCUAAUGCGUCGAAAGCCAUAGCGUCGCGAAUACUUCAUCAAUCAACAUGAUUCAAAUUGGGAACGGUAGCUGAGAUUAAGAGCUACAACAUAUCCAAGUUUCGCGACAUUCCAACGGCUAGUUUUCUGUCGACGUCGUUUCUUGUGAAGACGACUUUUCUGUCCAGAAUUUCGGAUUUAUAUUUUUUGAGUAAUUCUAGCUCCUAAGUUCACCUAGACUCCGUCCUUAAUCCUAACAAGUGGUAUCAGAGCCAUAUUAAGGACAUUGAGAGGAGUCUACAGAAGUUUGAAGACCCUUCUAGACCCACCAUGGCCUGUGGGUGUGCCUAAGUGGUGUUCUAAAGGUUGGAUGUGUCUUCCGCUAAGGGGAAACUCUGCCGAAAUUUCGUGGACGCCGACACUUGUGAAAAUAUCGAGGGAGCUGAGUGUGGACAGCAAAGGGGAGCUGAAAUUCGUCAUUUCUCAAGGAGAAGAUGAAUGAGAGAGGAGGAGAUGCUAAUGGAAGAGGAGCUGUAGCUGAGAAGGCAAGUGAGCCGCCGCCAUCAAAAGUUGAAGCUUUGGAUGGCUCCAACUAUGAGGAAUGGAGCGGGCGGAUGAGGAGUGCCUUCAAACGCUACAAGCUACUGAAGAUUGCUGUUGGGGAAGAGAAGAUGCCGGAAGAAGGCGAAGCACGCGAACGGUGGAUUGAGAAAAGCGCGGUGCUUUUCGACCUCAUCCUUCAAUCGGUCAACAAGGAGAUGUUCGAGCACAUCAAGGAUCUUGUGGAAGCGGAUGAUUCGGGUCCAAGGGCGUGGAAACUACUACGUGAUGUGAUUCAGCCCAACACUCUCCCAAUGGUGAUCGUGCUCGAGAAGGAACUUGCUGCCAUCUCCAUGCGACCAGGGGAUGAUGUGAAGCCGGUCCUUGACAAGAUCAAGGACACUUAUGCAUGGAUGGCAGCAGCGGGCAGCAGUGUAUCUCAGCUGCAGCAGUGCACCAAGAUCAUCUCGGUGUUGGACAACUCUUGGGACAACCUCAUCCCCACCCUCAACUCUCAGCAAGAUCAAUGGACACCUGAGUGGCUAAGGCAGCAGAUUCUGCAGGAGGACUUCCGUAGACGCCAUGUGGGAGGCGGUGCUGCCACGAAGACUGCUGAGGGGUAUGGAGCUGCAGGGCGCGGCAAAGGAAGAGGGGGUUGGAGAGGCCGAGGCCGUGGGAGGAGCUUUGGCAGAGGUAGAGGCCGAGGUGACUAUAAUGAGGGGCAUGGGAGCUCCAGUGGCAGGGGGAGUACCAGAAUGGAGGGCACCUGCUGGUACUGCAAGAAGGUCGGGCAUCCUUGGUUCAAGUGCUUCAGCAGGCCGGAGGGAUGGGCACCUCCAGGCAUGAAGCCGCCCAGUGGUGAACGCGCACAAGGUGGCGCUGUGCAAGGCUCAGGUGCACAAGGUGAAGGUGCACAAGGUAAUGCCAAUCCUGGUUUGCUUCUUAUGGUUGAGGAUGUGCAUGGGCAUGAGGGUGAUGUGGGAUCUGUGGGAAAGGUUGUGAUGCACCCUCUCACGCACUGGGUGAUUGAUUCGGGUUGCACCAGUCACAUGACCCCACGGGCAGAUUUGCUUGAUGAGGUAAAACCCCCUGGGAAGAUCAAGUAUGUGGCAGCAGUGUCAGGUGCUUUGCUCCCUGUCAUUGGUGUUGGAAAUGCCAAGGUUAAGGGAGCUAAUGGGGAGCUUGUGGGGCUUGGGAAUGUUCUGCUGGUUGAAGGCUUGUCUGCUAACCUUCUCUCUGUGCGACGACUGCAGAAGAGCAAGGCCGAAGUGACCUUUGGACCAACCAGCUGCCAUGCUAAGCUUGGGAAGAAGGUGCUGUGGAGUCUGGAAGAGGAGACCAGCUGCAUCAAGGACCUGUGGCAGCUGCCCAUCAUCCCAUGGAAUGGGAAGACUCCAACAGCAGCAACGGCAGCAGCGGCAAAGGCAACUGCAGGAGGAGAUGCAACUGCACCAACUGAUGGGGUCUUGGAAGCAGUCAAGAAAGUGCAACAGCAGCAGACACAUGGUGAGGUGCUUGCUGGUGUGGAUGCGAGUGCGGCAUGGGCUAAGGCUUCAUCAAAGAGUGGAGAGGCUGAUUGGGAGACAUGGCAUGAGAGGCUGUGUCAUGUGAACUUCCCUAUGCUGCAGAAGUUGGUGAAGGAUGGGAGCCUGAAGGGCUUGGAGGUGAAAGGGGGAGUGAAGGAGAUUGGGAGCUGCCCUACAUGCUUGGAGACCAAGUUCUCCAAGUUCCCCUUCAACAGCACUACAGGACCAGCCAAGACCCCACUUGCACUUGUGCACAUGGAUGUGGUGGGGCCCACAAGAGCCCCUUCCCUCUCAGGCAGCCGCUAUUUCUUGACAAUUGUGGAUGACCACACUCGGGCAGUGUGGGUUUACCCUUUGAAGAGCAAGGGGGAGGUGGUAGCGGCUGUCCUUAAGGAGUGGAUGCCUAGAGCUCAGAGGGAAUGCGGACACAAGGUGAAGGUGAUCCGCAGUGACAAUGGUGGGGAGUUCAUUGGAGCUGAUUUUGAGGGGGAGUUGAAGAGGAAGGGGAUCCAGCAUCAACUGACAGUGCCCUACAACCCACAGCAGAAUGGCGUGGCUGAGAGGUUCAACAGGACCCUGCAGGAGGGGGCACGCACUCUCCUUGGGCGUGCAGGGCUGCCUGGUCCAUUUUGGGUGUCUGCACUGAGGCAGGUCGCCCUUGUGAAGAAUAGGGUGCUGGCUACAGUUGGGGAUAAGGAGUGGAUCCCAUAUGUUAAGUGGUAUGGGAGUGCUCCAGCUGUGAACAUGCUGAGGGAAUUUGGGUGCAUGGUGGUGUUUCAUGUGCCUAAGGAGAAAAGGGGGAAGUUGGAGGCUUCUGGAAGAUGGGGUGUGCACUUGGGGAUUGCAAAGGAUCACAAGGGUUGGCUGCUAUGGGACUUGACCACCCAGAAGCUGACAGUGUCAAGGGAUGUGAAGUUUCUGGAGUCCCUGUACUACAAGGAAUGGAAGCAGCAGCAACAGAAGCUUCCAUCUACACCGCUCAUUGUGGAGGCAGAUGAGGUGCAGCGGCCUUCAAGACAGGUGGAGGUUGCAGUGUCUGAGGAGGAGAUGUCUGGGGUGACUGAGGAAGGGGGAGCAGCUGAGGUGGAGCAGCAGCAGCAACAGCAUGAGUCUCCACCUCCAGUUCCACACCCGCCUGAGCGACCUAGGAGGGAUGUGCGCCCUCCGGUGAGGCUGACCUAUGGGGGAAGAGGCAAGCCGAAUGUGGUGCAGGCUGGGAGUGUGGUUGAGCAGAUUGAGGAAGAUGAGAUCGCUCACUGCUACUGGGCACCAAUCCCUGAGCCCAAGACUCGAGAGGAGGCUUUGAAUGGACCAAAUGGGGAGAAGUGGAAGGCGAGUGAGGAUGAGGAGUUCGGGUCCCUGAUUGAGAACGAGACAUGGGACCUGUGUGACUUGCCUCCUGGGAAGAAGGCAAUCACUUCCAAGAUGAUCUACAGGCACAAGUAUGGACCUGAAGGGGAGCUGACCCGCUACAAGUCUAGGCUUGUGGCACGGGGGUUUCAGCAGACAAAGGGGAAGGACUAUGAUGAGGUGUUUGCUCCUGUGGGGAAAGGAACAACACUGAGGGUGCUGUUGGCGAUAGCUGCACUCCUGGGAUGGAAGAUUCGGCAGAUGGAUAUUGUGACAGCCUUUCUGAAUGGGAUCAUUAUGGAGGAGGUGUACAUGAAGCAGCCAGAGGUGCUGGAUGACGGGAGCGGCAGGGUCUGCAGGCUGAAGAAGGCCAUCUAUGGCCUUAAGCAGGCGCCUCGUGCAUGGUAUCACAAGUUGGAGGAGGCGCUGUUGGCUGGGGGUUUCAAGAAGAGUGAGUGUGACCCCAGCCUGUUCCUGCUGCAGGAGAAGGAUGAAAUCCUCAUGCUCUUGGUCGCAGAGCAGAUGCUGGAGAUGCAGUUCAAGUGCUCCAAGAUGGGGUUUACUGUGGAGCCAUGUGCUGAUGAGGAGGUAGUGGGUGAGAGUGACAGGAAGCUGUUUCAUUCGAUGGUUGGGUCGCUGAAUUAUGCUGCAAAUCAUACACGGCCUGACAUUGCAUUUUCUGCAUCACGGUUGGCUAGUGUGGUCUCACGCCCUAGUCAUGAGCAGCUGGAAGCGGCCAAGAGGUUGGUCCGCUAUGUGAGUGCUACGGCAUCAGUGGGAUUGGAGUACAGUGGAGUGAGGCAGCGGUUGCAGAGAGGUGCUGCAGAUGGCAUGAAGCUUGCUGGGAUGAGUGUGCAUUGAGUAUGCAUGCUUGAGAUGUUGGUAUGGUGGAUGAUGGUUGGCAGCCAGAGGGGGAGAUUGUUGUGUGAUGUCAUCAUAUGCUAUCACAUUCUGUCUGCCUCCCAUCCCAUAUUUUUCAACUUGCAUGUGUGGUUUGAACGUGUGCAAGAAUUUGUGUGUGAUGUGUUCUGGAGUUUGGGAAUGUGUUUUGUGUUAUUUUGUUUGAGCAGGUAUUUGUGAUGAUAGAUCUUGAGAAGAUCUUUCCGACGCAACGAGAAUCCCUUCAAUCGGAGCAAGAACGCGAAAGCUAUGAAGAUUCAAAGUUCAUGAGCUUGCGUUACAAUUGCGGCGGUUACAAAGUGAAGUUGUGGGGUGACUUUAUAUGGAGUUGGGACCUUUGGGGUUGGGUAAACUUGUCACUCUACUGUAACAGCUGCAAAUAGGUUGGGAACAACCAAGCUAGGUUGGCAAGGGUGGCCAACUUGGAUGGAUUGGUUGGGAAGGGACAAAGGUCAAAGUUGAGGUUCCUAUAGGGAGGGAAUCUUUGUGCUUAUGGGGUUUCCUUGGUUGGGGACUCUCUUGGGACCUUUCCUCUCAUCCCUCUCUUCUAUCCCAACCUUUCUCUUGCUCCUCUAAUUCCUUGUGAGAUUCUUGAACUUUGAUUGAACUUUUGAGAUUGAGUUAAGUUCUCCUCCUACAGCUUACCCCCUAAUGCGUCGAAAGCCAUAGCGUCGCGAAUACUUCAUCAAUCAACAUGAUUCAAAUUGGGAACGGUAGCUGAGAUUAAGAGCUACAACAUAUCCAAGUUUCGCGACAUUCCAACGGCUAGUUUUCUGUCGACGUCGUUUCUUGUGAAGACGACUUUUCUGUCCAGAAUUUCGGAUUUAUAUUUUUUGAGUAAUUCUAGCUCCUAAGUUCACCUAGACUC